UUUAUAUCGGCGGUGGAUCAGCUGAUCUUCUGCAUUGCAGACUGCGGAUUCAGACAGCACGAUGUAUGCUCUCUUGGUCCUGGCCAGCCUUUUGGGCGUGGCUUUAGGCAGCCCUGUCCUUGGCCUAAAAGACUGCACCAGAGGCUCAGCAGUAUGGUGCCAGAACGUGAAGAUGGCUGCCGACUGUGGGGCCGUGAAGCACUGCCUGCAAACGGUCUGGAACAAGCCGACAGUGAAAUCCCUUCCCUGUGACAUAUGCAAAGACGUCAUCAAUGCAGUUGGCAACAUGUUGAAAGACAAUGUCACUGAGGAAGAGAUCCUUGAAAAUUUGGAGAAGACCUGUGACUGGCUUCCUUCUCCAAACUUGUCUACCUCCUGCAAGCAGAUAGUCCAGUCCUACUUACCGGUCAUCUUGGACAUGAUCAAAGGAGAAACGAGUCGGCCUGAGGAGGUGUGCUCUGCUCUCAUGUUCUGCCAGUCUCUCCAGAAGCACCUGGCUGAGUUGAAUCACCAGAAACAGCUUGAGUCCAAUAAGAUCCCGGAACUGGAUGUGUCCGAGGUGGUGGCUCCCUUCAUGGCCAAUAUCCCCCUCCUCCUCUACCCUCAGGAGGGGCCCCACAACAAGCCUCAGCCGAAGGCUAACGGGGACGUCUGUCAGGACUGCAUUCAGAUGGUGACUGACGUCCAGAAUGCUGUAAGGACCAACACUACCUUUGUUGAGGCCUUGGUGGAGCAUGUCAAGGAGGAGUGUGACCGCCUGGGGCCUGGCAUGGCUGACAUGUGCAAGAACUAUGUCAACCAGUAUUCUGAAAUUGCUAUCCAGAUGAUGAUGCAUAUGCAGGAUCAGCAACCCAGGGAGAUCUGUGCCUUGGUUGGGUUCUGUGACGAGGUGAAGGAGAUGCCCAUGAAGACUCUGAUUCCUGCCAAGGUGGCCACGGAGAAUGUCAUCCCUGCCGUGGAACUGGUGGAGCCCGCUAAGAAGGAACUGGUCCCGGCAAAGGCUGGCGUGUCCUGCGAGGUGUGUGAGUACUUGGUGAAGGAAGUGGUCAAGCUCAUUGACAACAACAGGACCGAGGUAGAAAUAAUGAACGCUUUGAAGAAAGUGUGUUCAAAACUGCCCACGUCCAUGUCCGAAGAGUGCCAAGAGGUGGUGGACAUGUACGGCAGUUCCAUCCUGUCCAUCCUCCUGCAGGAGGUCAGCCCUGAGCUGGUGUGUGGCAUGCUCCACCUCUGCUCCUCCCAGGGGCUGCCAGCUCUGACGGCACAUGUGACUCAGGUGAAGGAUGGCGGCUUCUGUGAGGUGUGUAAGAAGCUGGUUAACUACUUGGAUCACAACCUGGAGAAGAACAGCACCAAGCAGGAGAUCCUGGCUGCUCUUGAGAAAGGCUGCAGCUUCCUGCCCGACCCUUACCAGAAGCAGUGUGAUCAGUUUGUGACCCAGUAUGAACCUGUGCUGAUAGAGAUCCUGGUGGAGGUGAUGGACCCUUCCUUCGUGUGCCUGAAGGUGGGAGCCUGCCCUAAAGCCAAUAAGCCUCUUUUGGGAACUGAGAAGUGUGUCUGGGGUCCUAGCUACUGGUGCCAGAACAUGGAGACUGCAGGCCAGUGCAACGCUGUCGAGCACUGCAAACGUCACGUGUGGAACUAG